AUGAAAAGGCAAAAUCAAAGUUCUGUGGUUGAGUUCAUCCUCUUGGGCUUUUCAAAUUUUCCCAAACUCCAGGAGCAGCUCUUUGGGAUUUUCUUGGUUGUUCACUUGGUGACCCUGAUGGGAAAUGCCAUGAUCAUAGUCAUCAUCUCCCUGGAACAGAGCCUCCACGUUCCCAUGUACUUGUUUAUCCUGAACUUGUCUCUGGUGGAUGUGAGUUUCAAUGCAGUCGUAAUGCCUGAAAUGCUUAUGCUUCUCUCCAAUGAGAAAUCUACAAUUACUCUUUCAGGAUGUUUUGCACAAAUGUAUUUCCUUCUUCUUUGUGGUGUGACUGAAUGCUUUCUCCUGGGGACAAUGGCUUAUGACAGAUUUGCUGCCAUCUGUCAUCCUCUGAGCUACCCAGUGAUUAUGAACAAAAGUGUUUUCAUGAAAUUAGUAAUGUUCUCGUGGGUCUCAGAAAUCAUGGUGGCUACUGUGCAGACACCAUGGGUUUUUAGUUUUCCCUUCUGUGGCCCUCGUGAAAUCAACCAUCUCUUCUGUGAAACUCCCCCAGUGCUAGAACUUGUAUGUGCAGACACAUUUUGGUUUGAAAUCUAUGCAUUCACUGGCACCAUUUUUAUUGUCGUAGUUCCAUUCUCACUGAUACUCUUGUCUUACAUUCGAAUCCUCUUUGCCAUCCUGAAGAUGCCAUCAACCACUGGGAGGCAGAAGGCCUUCUCCACCUGUGCCUCCCAUCUCACGUCUGUUACCCUCUUCUAUGGCACAGCCACUAUGACCUAUUUACAACCCAAAUCUGGCUACUCCCCAGAAACCAAGAAACUGAUGUCGUUGGCUUACACGCUGCUUACACCUCUGCUGAAUCCACUGAUCUACAGCUUGCGCAACAGUGAGAUGAAAAGAGCUUUGAUGAAACUAUGGCGAAGAAAAGUAGACUUACACACUCUCUGA